UUAGUUAUGCUGCUCAGGUUACUUUAAAACCAUACAAUAAUUUUUUGUCACGUUAACUACGCCUAUGGGAUGUCUCGCUUGGGCUCUGUACAAAACACGUCACCAAGUCCGCACCCAAACCGCCAUUCCUGGACCCUCUGGUGUCCCCGUUCUGGGUCUUGUCCUGGCAUUCACCAGGUCUUUGACUCAUAGGGGUCUUGCUAACCUAGCUCAGACCCUAAACGCGAAAACUUUGAUGGCGUUUUCACUAGGGUUCAGUCGUUUCAUCAUUUCCAGCGAGCCAGAGACUGCUAAAGAGCUUCUGAACAGCUCUGCUUUCGUUGACAGGUCCAUAAAAGAAUCGGCUUACGAGCUGCUCUGCCACAGAGCAAUGGGAUUUGCUCCUUUUGGGGAGUACUGGAGGAAUUUAAGAAGAAUCUCAUCAAUCCAUUUAUUUAGCCCUAAAAGGAUUGCCUCUUUUGGGGAUUUUCGACAUGGGAUCGGGCUCAAAAUGGUGGAGGAAAUUAGGGUUUUGGUAAAGAUAAAGGGUGAAGUUGAGGAGCCCCAGUCAUUCAAGCCACAACGAUUCAUGAGAGAAGAUGUAGCCAUUCUGGGGUCUGACCUUAGGUUGGCUCCUUUUGGUUCAGGCAGAAGGGUUUGUCCUGGUAAGGCCAUGGGGUUAGCUACUGUUGAGCUGUGGCUGGCUCAGUUGCUACAAAGCUUCCAGUGGGUUCCUGGGGAAGCUGCUGUGGACUUGUCUGAAAGGGUAAAGCUUUCCAUGGAAAUGAAGAAGCCUUGGGUAUGCAAAGCUGUUCCUAGGGUCUUUCCUGUUUGAUGGCAUCGUCGGUUUCAAAUGAAGAAGUGUUUGGUAUGUAAAGCUGUUUCUAGUGGUUUUUCAGUUUGAUGGCAUGAUCCGUUGGUUUCUGGUUUGCUAAUAGGGGCAACGAGUCUCCUCCAUGAUUUUGGAAGCUCGCUCUUUAGGGUUUUAUAACUAUAUAUAUCUGUAGUUAGGGUUUUUAAUAAUUAUGGAAAAGAAAAACAAAAAAAAAGAAGGCUUGGGCUUGUUUUCUUUUCUCUGUAGAAAGCUUCUUUCCUCUUAUCUGUGGAAGGCUUGUUUUGUAUUUUUUUCCCUUAUUUUGGUUUGGCCAAAGAAGGCUUGUUGUAUGGUAUGAUGUAUAUUUUUUUGUUUGUAUGACAUUAUGUAUAUUAAUAAAGCAUGCAGUACUGU